CCGGCGCUGAGCGCUCCCGGCGUCCGUAGGUGCCCGGAGCCAUGGUGAUCAUGUCGGAGUUCAGCGCGGCCCCGGCGGGCGCGGGCCAGGGCCAGCAGAAGCCCCUCCGGGUGGGCUUUUACGACAUCGAGCGGACCCUGGGCAAGGGCAAUUUCGCGGUGGUGAAGCUGGCUCGGCAUCGAGUCACCAAAACCCAGGUUGCAAUAAAAAUAAUCGAUAAAACACGCCUAGAUUCAAGCAACUUGGAGAAAAUAUAUCGUGAGGUUCAGAUCAUGAAGCUUCUGAAUCAUCCUCAUAUCAUAAAGCUUUAUCAGGUCAUGGAAACAAAGGACAUGCUUUACAUUGUCACCGAAUUUGCAAAAAAUGGAGAAAUGUUUGACUACUUGACCUCUAACGGGCACCUGCGUGAGAGCGAGGCACGGAAGAAGUUCUGGCAGAUCCUGUCGGCCGUGGAGUACUGCCACAGCCACCACAUUGUGCACAGGGACCUCAAGACCGAGAACCUGCUGCUGGACGGCAACAUGGACAUCAAGCUGGCAGACUUUGGAUUUGGGAAUUUCUACAAGUCGGGAGAGCCUCUGUCCACGUGGUGCGGGAGCCCCCCGUACGCGGCCCCGGAGGUGUUUGAGGGGAAGGAGUACGAAGGCCCCCAGCUGGACAUCUGGAGCCUUGGUGUCGUGCUGUACGUCCUCGUCUGCGGCUCCCUCCCCUUCGACGGGCCCAGCCUGCCUGCUCUGCGGCAGCGGGUGCUCGAUGGCCGAUUCCGCGUCCCCUUCUUCAUGUCUCGAGACUGUGAGGCGCUGAUCCGGCGCAUGCUGGCGGUGGACCCCGCCAGGCGCAUCAGCAUCGCCCAGAUCCGGCAGCACAGGUGGAUGCAGGCCGGCCCCGCCCCGCCGUGUGUCAGCCCCGCCGGCCCCGCACUCGGCUGCAACUCCAACCUGGGCGGCUACGACGAGCAGGUGCUGGGCUUCAUGCAGACCCUCGGCGUGGACCGGCAGAGGACCGUGGAGUCCCUGCAGAACAGCAGCUAUAACCACUUCGCGGCCAUCUACUACCUCCUCCUGGAGCGCCUGCGAGGCCACCGCGGCUCCCCGCCCUUGGCCCGCUCCGGCCCGGCCCUGCAGCAGAGGCCCAGAAGCGCCGAUCACAGCACCGUGGAGGUGCCUCAGGAAGGCCUCCCUGGCGAUGCUUUCCGGUCCCCGGUGCUGUGCCCGCAGCCCCAGACCCUGGGCCAGUCCAUCCUGCAGGCCGAAAUGGACUGCGAGCUGCACAGCUCGCUGCAGCCCUUGCUCUUCCCCGUGGACACCAGCUGCAGCGGAGUGCUCCGGCACCGCUCGGUCUCCCCCAGCGGCCUGCUGGACACGACCAUUAGUGAGGAGGGCAGGCAGGGCCCGGGCCCGGAGGAGCAGCGGGAGGCACAGAGGCCCCCGCCUGGUGGCACGGGCCGGAGACACACGCUGGCCGAAGUCUCCACCUUCUCUCCGCGCGCGCCUCCAUGUGUGGUCGUCUCCUCCUCGGCCAGUCCUUCGGAAGGCACCAGCUCUGACAGCUGUCUGACCUCAGCAGGCGACGGCCUGGCAGGGCUCAGCGGACGCCUGGGCGCCCAGGGGCCGGUGGGCACCUGCUUCCCUCUCAGACUGGCCUCGCCGCUGCUGGGCGCCCAGUCCGCCACCCCGGUGCUGCAGGCUCAGGGGGCCCUGGGAGGAGCUGUCCUGCUCCCCGUCAGCUUCCAGGAAGGCCGGAGGGCCUCGGACACCUCACUCACUCAAGGCCUGAAAGCCUUUCGGCAGCAGCUGAGGAAGAGCGCGAGGACCAAAGGGUUUCUGGGCCUGAACAAGCUCAAGGGGCUGGCUCGCCAGGUGUGCCAGUGCGCCCCCGGCCGGGCGGCGCGGGGCGGCCUGAGCGCCUUCCAGCUGCCCGCGCAGAGCCUGGGCCUACAUGGCAGCGGAGCCAGCGGCCGGGAGGGCAGGGGCCUGCUGGAGGAGGUGCUGCACCAGCAGAGGUUGCUCCAGCUCCAGCACCACCCGGCAGCCCCGCCCAGCUGCCCGCAGGCCGCCCCGCCGCCCCCAGCGCCGCUGCUCCUGGCCCCCGGCGACGGCGCCCUCCUCGUGUCGGGACUGCAGACGGAGCUGGGGCUGGGGCCCUGCCCGCUGCUGCCGCCCCGCCUCCUCCAGGCCGGGGUCUCCCCGGUGGCCUCGGCGGCCCAGCUCCUGGACACCCACCUGCGCAUCAGCGCCGCCUCGGCCCCGCUCCCCGCCGCCACGCCCCUGCAGCCCCACUUUGCCAUGCUGCCCCUGGUUUUCGACCCCAUGGGGCUGCCGCAGGGGGACUGCGAGAUGGAGGACCUGACCUCCGGCCAGCUGGGCACGUUCGUCCUGGUGCAGUGAGGGACACGGCCCACCGCCCUCUGCCCACUUGGGCCGCCGACUCCUCGAAGCAAUAAUCUCAGAGUAUGUGAAGACGCUUCCGGACUCAAAGCCAAUAACUUCCUAGAAGCGAAACAAGCAAUACGUUUGGUGUUUUGGCUUUUUAGUUUAUUUUUAUUUUCUCCUUGCACUGAGCAACUGCUACCACGAGUAGAGACUGAAAAGUUUCUGAAGAAAAAUACUAAUUGAGGGUGAGGCUUGGGGUGGGCGGAUGGGGAGGGAGGGAGCGAACGGCUGAGACGCGGCCCACGGGGCCGGCUCGGUUCGCGGGGCCAGUGCUGCUGUGUCACUGGCGUCGGGUCACGGAGGGCGUUGCCUGGGACAAAGCCACGAAGAGCCACGCGCCUGGAAGCGUGUGGGCCGCCUCCAGCCGCGUGCGUGCGUUGAGCGGUAGCCUCUUUUCAGUUAAGUUCUCCAUUUCCGGAAACAUUUAUGCUUCAGAUGAAAGCUGUGAACUUUCUGCUUUAUGUAUCAGUUUUUAAAAAGCUCUAACAGCCAGCCCCGGAGAAGAUAAUCUACAAAUUCUUGAAAUUUUCUCCCCUGAUGUCAGAGCCCAGAAGGUCGUUUUUCCUUCUCGGAGGUGAGAAGCUUUGCAAACGGCUGCGGUCCGUUCCCAGGCUUCUCGGGGAGAACCGCGACGGGGCGGCUGCUGCGGGGCAGGCUCGGCCCAGACCCGGCGCGGAGCCGGAGGGGUCUCCUGCCGCCUGUCUUAUUUCCGCUGCUAAGUUUUUAUGCAUUUCAUUAUCAGGGUCCAAAACGAACAGCUGGCUCUGGGGAAUGUGCAAUACGCUGAGGCUGGACUGGGGCGGGCAGGCGGUCAGGGUCACGGCUGGGGUCCCGCCCUCACUGGGUGCAGCCUGGACGGCCCCACCUUCGCCCAGGCCCCCCGUUAGGCUUUCCUUCAAGAAAAUGAGAGGUCAGGUCAGUGUUGUUCAGGCUUUGCUCCUUUUUUAAAGCAAAUACCGUAUAUGUAUAUAAAUAGGAGACAAAUAGACACUACUUAUUUUUUAUAUUUUUUACUACACCUUUGUGUUCCUGGUUUAAAUUCCCCUCUGGUAAUGUUAAGAAGCGUCGGCACCAGGUCCGUGUGGAGGGAGGCAAGGUGCACCCUUACCUGGCAGGUGGACUCAGGUGGGUCGGAGGCCUUGGAGUGACGGGACAGCCGCCUGGCACAGCCCUGCACCCCGGGCGCCGUCUGCUCACGGGGCUCACCUGCAGUGCCCCGCAGGAGACGGCCAAGGGGAAGGGUCGUUCGGAAAAGCCAAAGACUGCGUCCCAGGGGUGGGCAGGCGGCAGCGCGUUGCGUCUUGGCCCCUGCCGUCGGGCGGGGCGCGUGCCACGCUUGCUGCUCCUGGACCCCCCCUCACCCCCCCCCGCUGCUGCUGCUCCAGGACGGGGGCGAAGGACUGUCUUCGCACUGGGCCUGGCCACAGAGACAACACCAAAGCCUCCCGCCGACUCGUGAGGAAGGUUCGGGGCGAGAGCCCAGCGUCCAGGCGGGCCGGCCCUCUCGCGGAGAUGGGUACGGAUUCCCACAGAACCGGUUCCCCUUCGAAGCUCGCUCCUGCUGACGCCAGAGAUCAAG